AUGCUUCUGUGCGAUACUAGUCGGCAUUUGCAACUAACACUCUCAUCCUCAAACGCACGACAGAGUGAAAUAUCACACGAAUGCGUAAAUCAAAGUGACAAGGAUUUCGUGGGUGUUGAUCGUAGACGGCAGCAAUGUGAUUCCAACAUACGUCAGCGAGGCCCAAGAAGACCUACAAAUGAUCGAUUAUCUCACGAUGAAGAGUUGUCUCACAGUAUCAAUUGUGUCUCAUUACCUGAUAACACCAAUCUUUCUAAAGAAAGAGUGGAUAUACUGAAACAACGCGUCACAAUAGAUAAGGAUAUUGUGAAAAUCAUCAAAGAACAAAAACUUGAAACGAGUCGCUUUAUUACGAGAGAUUUCAGCGAAUUAAUGGUUGCAAGAAAAGGUGUACGACCUGCCCAAUUAAGAGUUACACUGGAAAGCUAUCUAGACGACUAUCCAGCCGACUCAAAACAACGAAAAGCACUUCAAUCAAUAAUAAAUGAAAUCAACGUAGGAGGAUCAAACGAUGAUCUGCGAGGAAAGACGAUUAUCGAGCAUGUCGCUGCUGUAACGAAAACCAAUGAAUUGACGGCAACGUUCGUUGUUUACCAGUACCGUUUUGAAUUUACAAACGAUGGAUCGCGUGAACUUCUUGUAGACGCUUUGAUUAUUUCUGCUACACAAAAGCUUAAUGUCGACUGGGCUCGUUUUGGACUUGAAGGUGCUGCGAUUGGCGUACUAGGCUUCCUUGUCAAUCCAACAUUUGGAGCUGAAGAAAUGGUUGCCCUACUCGCCGGAUUCGUUCAUCUUGUCGGCAACUAUUCACAAAUUCAAGAUUCGACUACUGAAAUCAACGCCAAGGCGCUUCUUUUCAAAGUGUUGAUCGACAAAGGAUACGCCAGAAUAGAAAACGAACAAUUGUAUCUUUGUUUAGAAUGA